CAGUGAUGUGUAUGAAGUCCAGGACGGAUGAGACGGAGGCGAGCGGGAGGACGCGCAGUAAGCCGGAACCCGAACCGCCCGGAGCCAUGGCCGCAGAGUCGAGAGAGAAGGACGACCGGGUGACCCUGAAGAAGGAGAUCGGACUCCUGAGCGCCUGUGCGAUCAUCAUCGGGAACAUCAUCGGCUCUGGGAUCUUCAUCUCUCCUAAGGGCGUUCUGGAACAUGCCGGCUCGGUGGGUCUGUCCCUCAUCGUGUGGGUUUUGGGUGGAGGGAUCUGCGCUCUAGGCUCCAUGUGCUACGCUGAGCUGGGCGUCACCAUUCCCCGCUCUGGAGGAGACUACUCCUACGUCACAGAGAUCUUCGGGGGCCUGGUGGGGUUCCUCCUCCUGUGGAGCGCCGUGCUCAUCAUGUACCCCACCACACUGGCGGUGAUCGCUCUCACCUUCUCCAACUACGUCCUGCAGCCGGCCUUCCCAAACUGCCUGCCUCCAUUCAUCGCCAUCAGACUCCUGUCCACGAUCUGUAUCCUGUUUCUGACCUGGGUAAACUGCUCCAGUGUGCGCUGGGCCACCAGGAUUCAAGACGUCUUCACAGUGGCGAAACUCCUGGCUCUGGCCCUCAUCAUCGUGGUCGGACUGGUCCAAAUCUGUCGAGGCUACUACGAGGCGCUGGUGCCCAGUGUGGCGUUUGAGUUCAGCAAGGAGCCGUCGGUGGGACAGAUCGCCCUCGCUUUCCUCCAGGCCUCCUUUGCCUUCAGCGGCUGGAACUUCCUCAACUAUGUCACAGAGGAGGUGGUAGAGCCACGCAAGAAUCUUCCUCGUGCGAUCUACAUCUCGAUUCCUCUUGUCACGUUGGUCUACACCCUCACCAACAUUGCCUACUUCUCCUCCAUGACUCCUGAGGAGCUGCUGGCUUCCAACGCCGUGGCCGUGACAUUUGGAGAGAAGUUGCUGGGGAUGUUCUCCUGGGUGAUGCCCAUCUCUGUGGCUCUGUCAACAUUCGGAGGAAUCAACGGAUAUCUGUUCACCUCCUCCAGGCUGUGUUUUUCUGGGGCCAGAGAGGGCCACCUGCCCUACCUGCUGGCUAUGAUCCACCUCAAGAACUGCACCCCUAUCCCUGCCCUGCUGGUCUGUUGCACCGCCACCAUAGUCAUCUUGUGUAUCGGAGAAACACACAACUUGAUCAACUACGUGUCCUUCAUCAACUUCCUGUCCUAUGGAGUCACCAUCGCUGGGCUCCUCUUCCUCCGCUGGAAAAAACCACACCUGAUGCGGCCCAUUAAGGUGAACCUGCUGGUCCCCAUCACUUACCUGCUCUUCUGGGUUGUGCUGCUGGGUUUCAGUUUGUACUCUGAGCCCGUGGUAUGCGGUCUGGGUAUGGUCAUCAUGCUGACCGGCGUGCCUGUCUACUUCCUGGGGGUCCACUGGAAGAACAAACCCAAAUGGGUGUACAGGGUGGUUGAGGCGGUGACGUACAUGGGCCAGAAGAUCUGCUAUGUGGUAUUUCCUCAGGAGGACUCCUCAGAGAACGAACCCCUCACAGACUCCAAAGCCAACGACUGAGAAACAACCAGGAAUCCGUCAAAAAUCUCUCCUUCUUCCCCUCUCUUCAGUUUUUACCCUUCAUUUUGUUUUUCUUUUUGGUUCGUUAAAUCACGAGGACUCGAGUUCCUCCGUGGCAACAGGGACACUCAACAGGUUCUGCCGUGUUGAAGUCGAGGGGGAUCGAUGGUGAAAUUCAGACCUGCCGCCAAGUCCCGGAGUUCACUGUUUGCUUGGUACUGCCCACCCCUCUCCUCAGCAGCAUGUCAAGACGCCCAGCGGCCUGUCACUCAAGGAAUCUCCAUCUGUCAAGUUGUCUUUCUCCGGCUUUCCGUCUCUCAAAUUCUCUUUCUGCGGCUUCGCCCCCUUCUCUAGAGAGGACUGCUUUUCCAUCUCUCUGCUCCUCGCAUUCGCUCUACGCCUCCUCAUCCGUCAAUCUCUCUCCUUUAACCUACGCAUAGCUGCGUCCUUCCUAGUGGUACUAAACCUUAAUCAAACUUCCCCUUUGUCUUUGUUUUUGGGCGUUUCCAAAGGAAAUGCCGAGAUGUUAAGAGAACACUACUGCCACCCGCACCACACGGAGAAGGCCCUGCUCCUCGUUAUCUGCUAUGCAAAUAGGCGGGGGAGGUGUCGGGCCGCACAACCACAUCUCUCCAAGGCCCAACUCCCACAGCCGGGUCAGGAUGGGAAAACCCCGUCCGCUCCAUCCCAGAUUGGGACGGCUGCUAGUAAAACAACCUGACUGUGAGGUGGGCUGUGACGUGGCAGUCGGCUUCCAGGAGAGCUUUUGGAAACCCCACCCCCCACCCCCCUUGGGAUACCUCCACACCCGCCAUUGCUCUACCGUCUCUCUCCGCGUAACAGACUUAAGAAAUGAAUUAACAACCUACAGUGUGCCGUGGGGAACUGCUUCCUGUGCGGCUGUUGGAGGCCCCGGGGGGGGGGACCCCCCGCGGCUCCCCAAACGUGCCGGUGCUGACGCACGCCGAGCCCGGUUCAACGAGCGAGCCAACAUUAACGUGAAGGUGCGGGUUUGGGCCGGCGAGUGCACUUCCUGUC